AUGCUACAAUCAAUCAAUCGUAAAGCCUUUGUUCGUGGAUUCAGAACUCUAUCUCCUCAGCUAUUCAAGAAGGGCGACAAGAUUCCAACCGGUUUGCCAGGUCUUAAGGAGAAUUCACCAGGAAAUGCAGUCGAUUUAGGCCAAGAGGUCGCUAAGGGUAAAUACAUUUUGGUCGGAGUGCCAGCUGCUUUCUCUCCAGCCUGUUCUGCUACUCAUAUUCCAGGAUACAUCAAGAAUCUGUCACAAUUGAAAGAAAAGGGUGUUAAACAGGUUCUGGUCACUGCCGUUAACGAUCCGUUCGUCACUGCAGCCUGGGGAAAGAGCUUAAAGGUCCCCAAUGAUGUAAGAAUCAUCGCUGACACCGAAGGUGCCUUUGCCAAGGCCGGUGGGCAUCUUUUCGACUCCACCAAGGUCUUUGGCAACGAGAGAUCCAUCAGAUACGCUGCCAUUGUACAGGAUGGUAAAGUUGUUGAGGAAUUUGCUGAGCCAGACAAAACAGGUGUCGAUGUUUCUUCUGCAGAGAGCAUUUUAAGUCACUUGUGA